GUCCGGCCGCCACCGCCGGCUGCUCGGCCCGGGCUGGGCACGGCGCGGAGGGUCCCGGCUCUGCCCGGCCCUGCCGAGCCCCGGCGCCCACCRGGGCUCCCCGCGGGCCAUGGCGGCCAUCCAGAACCUGCAGCUGUGGUGCCGGCAGCAGUGCGAAGGCUACCGCGAUGUCAGCAUCACCAACAUGACCACCUCGUUCCGCGACGGCCUCGCUUUCUGCGCUAUCCUGCACCGACACCGCCCCGACCUCAUAAACUUUGACUCCCUCAGAAAAGAAAAUGUGUACGAGAACAACAAGUUGGCAUUUCGAGUGGCAGAGGAGGAGCUGGGGAUCCCAGCCUUGCUGGAUGCAGAGGAUAUGGUUGCUCUGAAGGUGCCAGACAGGCUGAGCAUCCUCACCUAUGUUUCUCAGUAUUAUAACUACUUCCAUGGACGGUCUYCUAUUGGAGGCAUGGCUGGAAUCAAGCGUCCUUCCUCUGAAUCUCCAGAGCAGCAUCCUGGGAAGAAACCUGCUUCAGAGCCUCCUAAACCAGUGCCACCAAAACUGCCCCCUGCCCACCCACCAGCCAGAGCCAAGCCAAAGGAAACCUCCCCAGUUACCACRAAACGGGUCCUGGCAGAGAGUGGCAAUGUCCCCAGCAGCAGCUGUGGGGUCUGUGGCAAACACGUGCACCUGGUGCAGCGCUACUUGGUCGAUGGGAAGCUCUAUCACAGGAACUGCUUCAGAUGCAGGCAGUGUUGGAACUUGCUUCUUCCUGGRAGCUACAAAGCCGGGCCUGAGCCCGGUACGUUCAUCUGUACCAGCCACCAGCAGCCAGGCAACACCCAGAUCUCUGGUCUCCACAGUACUGGGAACAAAUCUGACACUACCCCAGCCCCUGCUGCUGCCAGGGCAUUCCAGAAAGCACCAGAACCCAAGAAACCAGAGCAGGUGUUGAAGAAACCCAGCCAGGAAGGCCUCGCUAAUUCAACCAAGCCAUCUGUUUCAUCUUCUGGAAGCUCUGGCUUCAAAAGUGUAAAUACUCCAUGGUCCUCAUCAGCUGUAAAUAAAUCAGAUGACUGCAAAGGUGCCUUGUUGGGGAAAACAGAUCACCAUGAAGACUCCCCAUCAAAGCCUCCUUGGACAUCUUCUGCAACAAAAACACAGCAAGCCCGAGAAAACUUUUUUCGGUCGUUGGAGACCUCCAGCAAUAAAACUUCUGACACUCAAAAACAAGUCCAGUUUCCUCGUGGCCCUGAUAAAACUGCCCCUGCCAGAACCACUGYUGAGGUCAGUCGAGGGAAUGCUGAGAAGGAUCAGGCACGUAACCACAUUAUACAGGCUCUGUCUGGAUCAAACACUUCUCCAAACAGGCCAGSAGGACUCAGUUCCACUGGCUCCUCAGCACCUAGCAGUGGCAAGUUUUCUCCCRUCAGUUCUCAGAGUCCAGCUCCAAAAGCACAGUCCAGCAAAACAGGGUACACAGCCCCAAAGCAGGAGAAGGUGACAGACCCUGUGCCCAAGAGCCAGGCUGCCWGCAAACCUGCUGACCCUUUGCACAAGCCAGAGUCAAAAGGCAUCAAAGGAAGCACAAAUGUUGGUGAAGACAAUUCUGAGAGCCCAGCAGGGUGGAGAUCUCGACUGAAGCCUGUAGCCAGCAAGGACCAAGAUAGCUCUAAGAAACCUGCUGAUGACUCCCAAGUGGGAGCAGGGACCCCAGCACCCAAGGAGACAAAGCCAAGCCCAUUARCUGUCCCACCAGCAAAGCAGGACUCUGCUUCAUCUGUUGGAUUCACGAAGAAGUUGUUGAUUCCCAGCUCAGAUCUUAUCARGAGCUGUCAGAAUUCAAAGCAAGACUGGGAAGAUCCUGGAGACUCUGCCAAGAAGGAGGAAGAUGGCAAACAGUUGAAGACAAGCACUGCUACGUUUAAACUUCCUGUUACGAAAAGCAAAGACAAACUUCAAGUGGUGUCCCCGACCAAGCUGCACCCAGACUACCUCCCUGAGGAGAAAAUCCAGGAGAAGGUUCGUGACAUUGAGAAGCAGCUGGAUGAGCURGAAUUGAAAGGAGUGGAUCUGGAGAAGCAGCUGCGUGCCUGCGAGGGAGAUGAGUCCGAGGAUGCCCUUAUGGUGGAUUGGUUCAAACUGAUCCAUGAGAAACAGCUGCUGCUCAGACAGGAAUCUGAGCUGAUGUACAAGAUGAAGCAGCAGAACCUGGAGGAGGAGCAGUGGAAUAUUGAGAUAGAGCUGCGACGCCUCAUGAGCAAACCAGAGGAACUGAAGACCCCCAGGGAGAAGGAGCAAGAGAAGGAGCUGCUCGAGUCGUACCUUAACGUCGUCAAUGAUCGGAAUAAUAUUGUGGAUUGCCUGGAUGAGGACAGGCUCAGAGAGAAAGAGGAGGACCAGAUGUUGGCAGAUAUGAUCCAGAGGCUGGAUGGAUCUCUUGACAGCCAGGAGCAAGAGAGGAAGAAGAACAAGUUCCGUUUGUCCAAAAUAUGGAAGCAGAAAAAAUAAGAGUAAAGUUCAGGAGCUUGAUGUUCCUUUCCCAGCGGCCCAGAGAGACCCAUCAAAGGUGUGGUCCUUCCUCAGUGCUGCUCUCCUGGAGCUCCUGGACUGUGAGAGACCCCAAGAGGCCCAUCAAAGGUGUGGUCCUUCCUGAGUGCUGCUUGCCUGGAGCUCCUGGACUGUGAGAAGCUCUCUGCCCCCUGACAUGAAGACUGCAGGUUUGCUGACCAGAGGGACAGUGUGAAUCCCCCUGGCCCUGCUGUGGGGCCCAGGGAUACCUUUCCCAGCAGAUGGACUUUCAAGACUGUUUUCCUUCUUUGGCUCUAGUUCAGAGCUGGUUCAGCCUUGUUGGCAGCUCAGGAAAGCAAAGCUGGGGUCAUUACAGUCUGAAUGGCAGAGCAUGGCACCCCAGGGUGUCCCAUGCUGUCCCCAGGGCUGCACCAGGGCUCUGCACYGGGCUGUGGCARGGCCAUUGUCCCUCCUYCCCUUCCUGCUUGUGYUGUGCCUCUUUGAGAGGAUCAGAGRUGCAGAGAGGGAGAUGCUCUGGGGCAAGAGGGAUUGAUGGUUUCCCUCAUUACACCAGUGCAAACUGGAGUCCCCACAUUUGGGGGGAGCAGAGAGCAGAACCACCUCUGUGGGGUGGGAUGUUCUCGACYCACAGUGGUUUCAGCAAUAGUGGUUUGUUUCCAAACCUCUUUUGGAAGGUACCGUAGGCUGAUUUCUCCAAGCCAUGAGGGGCUGCUCACUGCUUCAUUCCCUCUGUGGGGGAGAUUUGUAGCCUCCUUAUUUCUCUGACUGCUCAGUGAAGCAGUAUUUUCAUUGUCUAUGGCCUGUUGUGAUGAAAAUGUACAGAACUCUUGUACUGUGCUAACUGGGAGCACAAGGGAGUUCAUGGGUUUGUCUCACCCCUGAGUCUUCUGGGACCAAUAUUUCAAUUCYUGAGCCCUAUCCCUGGACAGCCAGUGCCCUUGAGGGGUGCUGUGGCUCACCUUGGUGAUCCCAGGGGUAGAGGAGCAGGUUCUGGGCUGUUGCAGGGGGUGUUUCCUCUCUUCCCUCAGUGCAGUGCCUGCAGCCUGCCCUGUGUGCACCCUCUCAGUCAGCCUGGGCACCAGGGAUGGAGGCAGCCGUGGAAAGAUCAGGUUAAUUCGUGAUUCCUCUGGUGCGUAUGGACUCCUCCCUCCCGGCAGGUGCCCGGGGAGUCCCCGGUCCCGGUGCCCAGCAGGAGCAGGGUUCUGCCGGAGCAGCUUUGCUCCGCGGUGCCGGCAGAGCAGAGGCGAUGCGUCCCUUUCCCACGAGGUGGCACUGGGACUCUCCGGCCCGGGCAGGGAUGUGCUCAGGGUGGCACCCAGUGCCUGAGGACCCUCCUGGUGCCYUCAAUGGGGACCGUGUGUCUACAAGUGGUGGGACACCUCUUGUGUACCUGCAUGUGCUUCUGCUCAAUAAAGAAUUGCUGGAGCAAA